UCUUUGUGGCGCCACUGUGUCGCGAAUAUAUUUCUUUGUGGUGCCACUGUGACGCGACUGUAUUUCUUUGUGGCGCCACUGUGAUGCGAAUGUAUUUCUUUGUGGCGCCAUUAGUUUCUUUGCUCACCGCGCGCUGAAAUAGUCGCAGCGCCUAGAAAUGCGUAAAAUCCUGGUACGUUGUUCAAUAUUUAUUCGUGCGAUUGAUCAUUCCAUAUUGAUUUUCCACGGUUAACGUUUAUCAAUAGAAAUCGAAAAUGAAACACAUUGAUUGGAUACCACGAGCAGUACAAACAUUUUCCUAGACUCGCUUAAUGUUCACGUAAGGCCUAAAAGGAAACUAUUCGUGCUAUUAAUAUGGCGUCGUUUUCCUGCUUGGAACAUGUAUCUCAUUUACGUGGGAAAUACGCAUAAAAUUUCAUCCAGCGCAUUGUGAUUACCGUCAUGAAACGGCAUACGUGCAAAAGUAACGAGUAUAUUGCCAACACUAUUAACCGAGGACCAUCGCUUUUCCAGCGUCGGAGGAACGUGCGUGAUUUGCAGUUACAUCGAAAUCGUUUGACAUACAGACAUCGAUUAUAAAGAUUAUUUUAAUGAAUUUAUAAAUGAAUUUACAAAUCCAUCAAUAUGCGAUUAUUUUCUUCUGGCUGUGUAUAUCAGACCUGCUCAACUUGUUACAUUGAAUAUAUUAACGAGAGAGGGAUAGAGUUGUAGACUUAAAGAGGGUGAUAGAGUCUUAUAUUAAUUCUUAGAAUAUUUAAUUGAUAUGUUCGUUAAUUGCAAAGCUAAAGAGACAAGUGUAAAAAAGAAAUGGGGUAUGAAACUGUUAAUCAGAAUAAGUUAAAUCAUUUAUAGCUAGAUUUUACGAAGUAUGUAUCUAUUUGUUGAAUGAUAUUGAAUGUUCAUAUUAUAAUAUUUUCAGAGUACAAUAACUUCCUAUUUAGGUUCAAUUUUUGUACAUACGUUUGGAAAGAUUUUAUUUUGCAUAAAGAUCCGCAGUCUAUUAAUGACUUUACAAUAGUUCAGUUGAACAGGCCUGGUGUAUAUCAAAUAUCAACCCUUAUCGGUCCGAUUGCACUUCUGAUGUGAUAUUGCAAUUUUAGCGUAUGAGUUUUAAAGUUGAUAGAUCUGAAAUAAUGUAAACGUUCAGAGUGAAUUAGAAAAUAACAUAAAUGUUUUUUAAAAAUAUCAAGUGUUUAAUAUAAGAUGUAUAUAAAACACUAGCGUCCGAUAAGUUGCCGAACACCAUACUUACUGAACGUACAAUUCCUUGAAACCUGAGUUGAGCAAACUGUAAUUCGUAAUUAUGAUUACCGAGCAAUCCGGUUGGGGAACUUGAUUAAUUAAUCGUUUGAGUCACGAAUUUUUUAUGUCUUUAUAUUCAUCAGAUUUUAAAAAUUCGAAAUGAUCGAGCCAAUAUAACUAUAUAUUUGUUAUUCUAUAUUCUUCGACUAUUAUUAUUAUUAUUAUUAUUAAUUUAGAAUGAUAAAAUAACGCACCUAACAAAUCUAAAAUAUUCUGAAAAAUAAUUUCGAGUGCCUCAAAUACGUGCCUAAAUUGCAAUUUAAAUAUUAAUAAUGAUUUAGUUAAAAAUUGAUUUUCUAUAUUCUUCAAUAAUUAUUAAUUUAUAAUAAUCUGAACGAGAAAAAGUGGAAUAUUCGGAAUAAUUCUUUCGAAUGUCCCUGAUAUGCGCCUACAUUGUCAUUUUAAUAUCAAUAAUAAUUUAAUAGAAAAUUUCCAUUUUUUUUUUUUUUUUUUUUUUUUUUUAAUAGAAAAUACAAAUUUCUGUUAUACAUAUAUUUAUUUACUGUAAUGUAAGUAAAUGAAUAUGUAAGGUUGUCUACUUUCUCUGCAUUAUUUAUGGGGACUCUACGAAAGUAAAUAAAAAUAUGGUGCUCAAUGUCAAGAAAUGCGUGAACAUAAUUAAAAAUUGUACGGAAAGAGAUGGCAAACACACUUAUCGCUAUAACUCAAAAGGUUAACGAAUAAUCAGAUACGAUUAGCUCUGGUAGAUUACAAGAUGCUAAUUUAUAGUUGCAGAUUACAAAUGUAGUCGGCUAUUGCUGAUUAAUCUGACAAUUGCGAGUGAUCGUUAGGAAAGUAAUCGCAAGCUAAACACUGCCCAAUCCUGCUUAUACCAAAAACACGAAAUAUCUUUUCUAUGACGAUAAUGUUUACAAUUUCUGUAUGUCAAAGAUAUCGUGGGUGAGAAUCACGCGAUAUCGUUAUCGAUUAGUGCGCUUUGAUAAUCACUACGAGCACAUCUGGCGAAUUUAAUUGUAGAUGUAGCUAUUAUGUAUAUAUAUAUUAGGGUGGUCCUUAUUUUUUGACUUUGGAAUUUUUGUUAUCUUAAAAUGUUCCAACUUGUAAAAAAACAAAAUCCCUAUGAAGUUUGAUUUCGAGUAAAAUUAAUUAUACCUGACAUCAUUGUUUCUACAAAACCUGUACCAAAAUUAUCUACCAUCGACGGUGUAACUUUUUCUUCUUCGUAAAAGAUUCCCCCCACCACCUAUAUGACACGACAACUGUGUGAUCUCACUCAAAUAUAAUUUAUAAAAUAAAUUAAGAAUACCAUCAAAUGUAAUAGCUAUUUCGAUAGUCAUAUUAUACUUUAAUUUGACAUACACUUACCUCUAAGAUGGUGAUAGGCUGAAUUUAUUAUUGCACUUACACGAAUUUUUACAAUAUUUUCCUCAUUAUAUGGGUAUAUAUGCUGCGACAACUAAUUAACUUCGGGGUAAAAACUUAGUCAUAAUUAAUGAAUUGUGAUAUUUAUUUAUCAUGGCUGUAUUCUAUUAAAACUGUACAAACUUAAUAAUAUGUGUUUCUGUCAUUUACAUGUGUUAGUUCAAAAAUUUGUUUCGUUUAAGUAUUAUGUAAACUCUUUAUUAUUUCUUAUAGAAUCUGCGACCAAAACAAGUACACGGUUACUUUUAAAUUAUCUAUCGAUUAUAUUCCUUCCGAGAUUCGUAAACUUUUCGGAUUGAUAUCGAGCGAAAGGAUUGGACAAUCUAAUGCAUUUGUACGAUUGUUUGUAAAGCAAUCAAGGAUCUAAAAACCUUAAUUUUGCCAAUUUUCUCUAAACUCAAAUGUUUUCCAUUAUCGUACUGAUUUUUUUUCGAAAAUGAUACACAAACCAUCGCAAAAUGGACAUUUUCCUAUGCCAUUUGAAAGAAAAAAGUCUGUACGAUUUUUCCUGAUCAAAUUAUGCCAUUUUUUAUUUAAUUGUACGUUUUUCAAUAAAUAACGAUUUUUGUACUAUCGCUCUUAUCGGAUUUAAGAAGAAGCUAGUGUAGUCUACCGGUCGAUAACCAUAAUCAAUAAAGUAUUUCAGAUUACCGGUCGAUAACCAUAAUCAAUGAAACAUUUUAGCUUAUCGGUCGAUAAACAGUGACAGUAUCAAGACUAAUAAUGUCUGCCGGUAAGUAAUGUGUUAAGGAAGGCUGUGUAAACUUGCGUUUUCUAGUGACAGGUAGUUAAAAUUUAGUAAUAUUAUGAAAUACUUAUAUUAUAUUAGGUAGCAUUCGAGUUUUUUGAACUUGAACUAAUAUUAGCAGAGCUAGACGGCAAAUCAAUAAUAAUUGCUAUAAUUAUAUUAUUUACAUGCCUGAUUGUGACACUUUAUAUGUGCUAUUUUUAAUAUUAUAUCUAUGAAACAAAUAAUUAAAUAGUAUAGAUAGGUUUCGCUACAAAAUCUUAUAUAUUAUUAAUAAAUUACUCAUAUCUUCUACACACAUACAUUGAAAAUAAAAUGUAAAAUAGUUCUUUUAUUUUAUUUACUUCAAUGCGCAAAUCGUUUUUUAAAUAUAACGCUUUCCUUUACACAAUCAUAAAUACUAAUUAAGAAACUAAAAAAUACGCUGAUUAAAAACUUCAACAUUGCAGAUGAUAGACAAUUUCUACGGUGAAUUAAAAAAUGCUAAGGUAUUGACAUAAAUGGCAUAGUAUUGAAAAAUAAUCUAACAUUAUAAACAUAAUUUCGUUCUAAUCGAGUCAUGUAGAACGCUACACUUUGUGCAUUCUUCUGUACAUAUAUGUCAAGAUGUGUUUAGCAAUUGGAAAGCACCUAUAGACUCCUGAUAGAUAAUAUAUUAAGAAUACUAACUGUGCUGGUCUUUCUUAGGUACACCUGUAAGUCGUCAUUGCUCUAUUGUUCCGUACAUGUUCCUUUAUUUCCUUUCAACUUCGAGUUAGUGCGAUCUAACUGUACAUUGUACUUUACCAAUCGAAUUUCUUAACAGGUACACCAGGGGAUGCGGGUGUCUAACAUUUUAUGAAAUUACCUCAUCGGGCAUACUUUAGCACACGAAAAAACUUUGUAUGCUCUGCGCAUAUCUGAUACGUGAGGUUCCUUAUGAUAAGAGACAGCCGGUUAGAAUGAAUCAGCGGCUUGAAAAUGAACAACGGAUCGUAUGGUUUAUUACUUUCAGAUGGAUACCAACUUUCGAUAUAGGAAGUGCAACAACUGUUGAUACAAGAUUGUGAUAUUUAUGUAAUAAAAGAUUUGACCCAUUCUUAGAAUAAAAAAAUGGAGGCAAUUGUAGAAUUUAAUUACGAAGCACAAGAGCCUGAUGAAUUAACUUUAAAGAAAGGAGACAUUAUCACAGAUAUUAAAAAAAUACUAGGUGGUUGGUGGGAAGGUACUUUAAGAGACAAACGUGGCAUGUUUCCUGAUAAUUUUGUCAAGGUAUUAGAACCUUUGUCAAGUGGAAGUACAGGAAGUGGAGGAUGCGAAGUAGUUAAUAGCGCUAAGCCUGAAGAAGUUACCUUGAGAAAUGGAGGCUCUAGAAGACGAUUUUGUAAAGUUGUUUUUAGUUAUGAGCCUUGCAACGAAGAUGAGUUAACAUUGAUACCUCAAGAUUCGAUAGAAUUUUUGGGUGAAGUAGAAGACGGAUGGUGGAGAGGUAGACUUAAAGGCAGAGUAGGAGUUUUCCCCUCAAAUUUUGUAUCUCCUCCUGUUUAUGAAGAGUCUGAUAAACACAAAGAUCAAGAUAAAAAAGAAACGUGUAAAGUACUCUAUUCUUACGAGGCAGCUAACGAAGACGAAUUAACGUUGAGCGAAGGAGAUAUAAUAACCCUUCUUUCUAGGGACGUUCCCGAUGAGGGUUGGUGGUUAGGAGAGUUAAAAGGCCAAGUGGGCUUAUUCCCCGAUAAUUUUGUUGAAAUAAUAAAUUCUGGAACUGAUCACACAGAUCACGAACAAAGAUACGAGUCAUCUGUAAAAUCGCUUACUAAACAUACCGAUCGGGUAAAGAAAAGUAAAAAAGCACAUGUCAGAAAAAGCUUGGAUAUACGAAACGUAAACUCAGAAACAACUAAGAAAACCAUAUCAACAAACUCUCCUUCUGUGACAACAUCGACUUCUCCAGGAGUUGGUGGGAGUAGUGGAGAUAGAAAAUCAGGGGGACAUUUAAUCAUAUCGAAUUUAAAACGUCUUGUACGCGAUGUGGGAACCAACAAUGAUAAUGGAAGUACCAAUACAGCUUUGGGCGAGGAGUUGGAUGGAGUGGAACGGGGAGAGGGAGCACCACUUUCUCACUUAACAGCUUCUCGAGCUAAAGCGCCCCGACGACGUCCACCGUCUUCGCGACAUCUACGACAUCAUGCUACUGGAUCAACAAUCACCACCACAAACGCUAUAACAUUGGAAGAUAACUUAGCAAACGGGAAUGCAGAUACUACGUUAGAACAGUUACGCGAAGAAGAAACUGAACUAGCUGGACUAGCUGCAAAAGCAAGAAGAAAAGCGCCUUGGGUAGAAGAAUUAAAAUUAAAUCAACUAGAGAGGAGAAAAAUAGGAUCGAUCGAUCGCGUUGACAAAUCGGAAGUUAAGAAAGAACGCAGUUAUCCACGACUGACAGCAUUGACUGCCACGGAAUUAAUCAACAAAUUAAAAACAAAGAGUGAAGAAAUUAAAACAAAAGAUAAAAGUCCGAAAUCUGAUACGUCUCCACACCUAGAGCAAGGUUUACCUACUUCUGGCACCCCUGAUUACGUUCCGUACGCUCUCUAUAGUCAACUAUUAGAAAGGGUUGCCACAUUAGAAGAAAAACAAGCAACGUUACAACAGAUAGUGGGACUUCUUUUGGAACAGUUUGUACCUCUACUGUCUUCAAUCAACAGUCCUACAGACUAAUAGAUUCGAACACAUAAAUUUUACACUGUUUCUUUAUGCAUAAUACAACUGUCUCGUUGAUACGUGAUUCGUAUUUCCAUUGUAAAUGGAAGAGUCAACUAAUAAUUGUAUCAUUUCUUUUUUAUUUAUUCAGGUUGCUAGCGUCAUUUAUAAUUAUUUUCGUCGAUAUGGUAACAGUAUUUGUCUAAUUUGGCUAACAACGAAACAUUCCAUAUGUUAUCCUGUACAUUAAAAAAGUAUUCCUCUGAUUUGCGAUAUGAUCUCACCGUAAUUGCCUGAUUUUGUUAUUAUUUUGAUAUUUUUUUAAACAGAGCCCAGAAAUUCCAAUGAGGUGCAUAUAUCACAAAUCAAUUAAACUAUUUUAUAUCUAUGACGAUAUAAUUUUUUUUUUACUAUUAUUCCAAUGUACAUGAUUGAAUUAAAAUCGAAUAAUAUGGUUUUUAA